AUGCCCAAUAGAGCUCUGAUCCUCAGUGAUGUUCUGUACUGAUGAAUCCUUUUGAUCAGUAAUUCACUUCAGCACUUCAACAGUGAACUGGGACUGGAAGCAGGAUGGACCAUGAGCACGGCGUUGGCGACAGUCGCUACCGCUAUGAAGAGGAGGAGGAGGAGGAGGACCCCCAGUCGAUCUACAUUGGUGUGCCAGUGCCCCGCGGUUACCGUCGAAAGCGCAGACGGAGACGUUCAUCUAUGUCAAGUCGUGAAGCGGAUAUAGAGCGAGGACUUCAUCAUGACCAUCAAAGACAUGAACACUAUGAUUGUGAUGAGAGAGACCGCUAUGAUCUCGAGACGGGAAGCCUGGAUCAACCAGAGCACAACCUGCAACCGGACAUCAGCAGAAACAUGUCUCCGGCAGCAGAGCGAUUGCGCUACAUAUUAGGGGACGAUGAGGACACCAUGCCCACUCCCACUCUCUUUACUGAAAUGGACACACUGCAACACGAGGGAGAUGAGCUGGAGUGGAGGGAAUCAGCUAGAUGGGUGAAGUUUGAAGAAAAGGUCGAGGAGGGCGGUGAGAGAUGGAGCAAGCCCCAUGUUUCAACACUAUCUCUGCAUAGCCUGUUUGAACUGCGAACAUGUCUACAGACAGGAACCGUGCUGCUAGACAUGGACGGUUACUCUCUUCCACAGAUAGUCGAUGACAUCAUUGAGCAUCAGAUAGAGGAAGGGUUGAUUGGUCCUGAACUGAGAGAUAAAAUCAGCUUUGUUCUGCUGAGGAAACACAGACACCAGACAAAGAAGCCCAUCCAUCGCUCCCUGGCAGAUUUGGGAAAGUCCGGCUCUGGAGGCACUCGAACACCAGCCACUGGUGCAAAUUUCAUCCGCUCGACUGAAGAUCUACGUAGCAAGCAAGCAUCCAACUAUGGCCGGCUACACCAUGCACAGAGCAGAAGUAUGAAUGACAUUGCAGACACACCGAGUACAGACCAGCUGAAAAACAAAUUCAUGAAGAAAAUCCCCAGAGAUGCAGAGGCCUCUAAUGUCCUGGUGGGAGAAGUGGACUUCUUAGACAAACCCUUUGUGGCUUUUGUUCGCCUGACCCAGGCCACGACUCUUGGGGGACUGACUGAAGUUCCAGUGCCCACCAGAUUCAUUUUUGUGCUUCUUGGGCCUUCUGGUAAAGCCAAAUCUUACAAUGAAAUUGGACGUGCCAUUGCCACUCUCAUGGUGGAUGAUCUCUUCAGUGAUGUAGCAUACAAAGCCAGGGACCGGGAAGAUCUGAUUGCUGGAAUCGACGAGUUCCUGGAUGAGGUGAUUGUGCUUCCACCCGGAGAAUGGGACCCCAAGAUUCGCAUUGAACCCCCCAAAAAAAUUCCUUCGGCUGACCAAAGGAAGUCUGUGUUUUCUCUCAAUGAGCUGGGUCAGGUGAAUGGAUCGGCGGGCGGUGGAGGACCUGUUGGUGAAGAUGAGGAGAUGCCUGUGCCACAUGAGCUUGGAGAAGAGCUGGCGUAUACUGGGAGGUUCUGUGGCGGCCUUGUGCUCGACAUCAAGAGGAAGCUCCCCUGGUACCUGAGUGACUUUUAUGAAGGUUUCCACAUUCAGUCUAUCUCUGCAGUGCUCUUUAUCUACCUGGGCUGCAUAACCAAUGCAAUCACCUUCGGGGGUCUUUUAGGGGAUGCCACAGACAACUACCAGGGUGUGAUGGAGAGUUUUUUGGGAACUGCUUUGGCAGGCACCGUCUUCUGUUUGUUUAGUGGUCAGCCUCUCAUUAUUCUCAGCUCAACAGGCCCCAUCCUCAUCUUUGAGAAGCUACUGUUUGAAUUCAGCAAAAAUAAUGAGAUUGAUUACAUGGAGCUACGGCUAUGGAUCGCUAUGCACUCAUGUGUUCAGUGUUUAUUGCUGGUCGCAACGGACGCCAGUUACAUCAUAAAGUACAUGACCCGCUUCACAGAGGAAGGCUUUUCUAGUCUCAUCUCCUUUAUCUUCAUCUCGGAUGCUAUCAAGAAGAUGGUAGGAGCCCUCAAGUACUAUCCCAUCAACACUGACUUCAAACCAGAUUACGUUACUGCCUACAAAUGCGAGUGUGUGGCUCCUGACCCGGUGGGAACAAUGAUCUUCGCUGUUGUAGUCCCGGUGCCAGAUAAUAGCUCUGCUCUCUUUGGUUUAAAUAUAACAGCUCUGGACUGGACUCAGUUGAGCAAGAAGGAGUGUGUGAAGUAUGGCGGCGCUCUGGUGGGGAAUUCCUGCAAAUUUGUGCCAGAUCUUGCUCUCAUGUCCUUCAUUUUGUUCUUCGGGACCUACAGCAUGACAGUCACUCUGAAGAAGUUCAAGUUUAGCCGAUACUUUCCCACAACGCUGAGGAAAUUGAUAAGUGACUUUUCCAUCUUCAUGUCCAUCAUGACGUUUGUGGGCUUGGACAUGCUUGUUGGUCUAAACACACCCAAACUCAUUGUGCCCACAGAGUUCAAGCCCACUCGUUCAGAUCGGGGUUGGUUUGUGAUGCCGUUUGGAAAGAAUCCGUGGUGGGUUUAUCUGGCAAGCUUUGUUCCUGCUCUUCUUGUCACCAUCCUCAUGUUUAUGGAUCAGCAGAUCAGUGCUGUCAUCGUCAACCGCAAGGAAAACAAGCUAAAGAAAGCCUGCGGGUAUCAUUUGGACCUGCUGUGGGUGGGCAUUCUGUUGGUAACCUGCUCGUUUUUGGGUCUGCCGUGGUAUGUGGCUGCCACCGUCAUUUCCAUUGCCCACAUCGAUUCACUUAAAAUGGAGAGUGAAUCCAGUGCUCCAGGGGAGCAGCCACAGUUCCUGGGUGUGAGAGAACAGAGAUUGACAGGAAUCCUGGUCUUUGUUCUAACAGGAGUGUCUAUCUUCCUUGCUCCCAUCCUGCAGUUCAUUCCUAUGCCUGUCUUGUACGGAGUCUUCCUCUACAUGGGUGUUGCCUCUCUCAGCGGCAUCCAGUUCUGGGACAGAAUUAAACUGAUCAUGAUGCCAGCAAAGCACCAGCCAGACUUUGCCUACCUGCGUCAUGUACCCCUGAGAAGAGUCCACCUGUUUACAUUGGUGCAGAUUGUGUGCUUAGCUCUGCUCUGGAUCCUUAAAUCCACAUUCCUGGCUAUUAUCUUCCCUGUUAUGAUUCUUGGUCUCAUGGUGGUGCGUAAGAUGUUGGACAUGGUUUUUUCUCAGCACGAUCUGGCAUGGUUGGACGAUAUCCUACCCGAGAAAGAAAAAAAGAAAAAGGAGGAUGAGAAGAAGAACAACAAGAAGGAUAAAAAGAAACUUAAAGGAGGGCAUGACAGCGAAGACGAUGACAAGUACCACCAUUAUUCAAACUGCACUCCCAAUGAUUCAGACUUGGAUCGCAGCAUCACUCUACACUUGAAGAUCUCCUGUCCGUCAUCCCCAGCGAUGCCAAUGGCUAGAGGGAUGUCCUGUCCUAUGCCUCAGGUGAAGAUUGAGAUGGAGUCAGACUAUGACGACACGGAUGUUAAUCCUAGAGGCAGGCACAGGGAACAGAGGGAUAUGAGCAGUGAAACAACGCUGUAAUGAAAGAAGACUGAAGGUUGACGGUUCUCCUGUUGUGACACAGCCUGCCUCGGCUUCUUUGGAGCUCCCAUGUGGCUAAAUCGUGUUCGUGUUCAACUUAUGAGGAUAAAGUGUGGAUCAGCAAUUUAAGAGACAUUAAGAACUGCAUGUGGCAUUAGAAUUUGACCAGCAUUGAAUAUAUUUUAUGUUAUUUAUUUUAAAGAAAAAAGAGGUUAUAGAAUGAAAAAAUAUAUAUUUUAGGUUUGUGUAACUAUGCAUAAAACAUAACAGGGUUGAAAUAUUUUCUUAAUACAAAUGAGAAUAAAUAUAUAUUUAUACUGAACCUUUUUUUAGUUUUUAACUAGAUGAACUUAUAUUAAAGAUUCCAAUAUCUUUGAAAUGAUGAUUACUGGGUAUACCUGUGGGUCUUUAGUGUUGCCGUUCUUCAAACAAUCAUUUGCUUUUCCUUCCUUUCCCUCUAUUUUCCUGCUUAUGACACCCAAAACUCAAAGUUGGGGAAAAGAAACAACCAAAACAUUACCUUUGAAAUAACAAAUGAAUCCGUUUUUGGUUUUUAUUUUCUUUGCUUUGCAGUUAAGGAAUGUGUAUAUGAAUUUCCGACAGUAUUAAUGCAAUCUCUGUAUUUUGUGCCAAGUGUGAAUAUGUUUACUGUAAAUGGAUGGACUUAGCUGAUGUGAGAUAUAAGCUCUGGAGAAAGUGAGAGCAGUUUUGAGAGUCAGUAAAUCUCCUUUAUUUAUUUAUUUAUUUUUUGAGAAUGAGUUUUGUAAAAUGUAUUUCUCAAGUGAAUUGAGUAAACCAAUAAAUCUCUCCUGACAA